AUGACCAGCACGGCCGCACCUGUACUUCCUCCGACAGCUGAGGAGAGGAAGUUCAACAUCUCUCCAGUUAGAGAGAGCGUGCACAGCUGGAGCAUCACUGCCUGUAAGACAUUCACCAGCCAACAGCAGCAGCCUCAGCCUCAGCAGCAGCAGCCUCAGCAGCAGCAGCCUCAGCAGCAGCAGCAGCAGCCUCAGCCUCAGCAGCAGCAGCCUCAGCCUCAGCAGCAGCAGCCUCAGCCUCAGCAGCAGCAGCAGCAGCAGCAGCCUCAGCAGCAGCAGCAGCAACAGCAGCAACAGCAGCCUCAGCAGCAGCAGCAGCAGCCUCAGCAGCAGCCUCAGCAGCAGCAGCAGCAGCCUCAGCAGCAGCCUCAGCAGCAGCCUCAGCCUCAGCAGCAGCAGCAGCAGCAGCAACAGCCUCAGCAGCAGCAGCAGCAGCAGCAACAGCCUCAGCAGCAGCAGCAGCAGCAGCAACAGCAGCAGCCUCAGCAGCAGCAGCCUCAGCAGCAGCCUCAGCAGCAGCAGCAGCCUCAGCAGCAGCCUCAGCCUCAGCAGCAGCAGCCUCAGCCUCAGCAGCAGCAGCAGCAGCAGAAGUUCUGUGACAGAGGUGGAAUGACUGACGUUCAUGUCACAGUGGCCUACUGUAAACCAGGGGUUCUUAAACUAGGGCGCGUGUACCUCUGGUUGUCUUUACUGUUCAGCAGCCAUUUAUGGAAAAAAUGA